CCUAUUCUGACAGUCGCGCUGACUGUGGCGUUGUUGAGAUAGUUGUUUGAUUUUCGCCGAUUCACGUCGUCGCGGACGUGUAAACAAAUUUUUCGUACUCGAUUCGAUUAGUUUCGCCUUUGUCACAUCUUAUCCGAGAAAUGAGUUCUAUAGGCACAGGGUACGAUCUGUCCGCUUCGCAGUUUUCGCCGGACGGACGCGUGUUUCAAGUGGAAUACGCUCAAAAAGCCGUGGAAAAUGGAGGAACAGUUAUUGGCCUACGAGGGAAGGACGGCGUGGUGUUCGCCGUCGAAAAAAUAGUAACGUCAAAACUUUACGAGCCUGGUGCCAACAAGCGAAUAUUCAACAUAGAUCAGCACGUUGGCAUGGCGAUCUCCGGCAUAAUAUCGGACGCGAGGCAGAUAGCGGAGAUCGCGAGAUCGGAAGCGUCCAGUUACAAAGCGCAGUACGGGGUCGGUAUUCCGUUGAAGUAUCUGAACGAAAGGGUAUCUCUGUACAUGCACGCGUACACGCUCUAUUCGGCCGUGCGUCCCUACGGUUGUUCCGUUUUGCUCGGCGCCUACGAAUCAGACGGUCCGGCAUUGUACAUGAUAGAUCCGUCAGGAGUAUCGUACGGUUAUUACGGCUGUGCGGUGGGUAAAGCAAAACAGUCGGCGAAAACAGAAAUAGAAAAAUUGAAAUUGUCAGAUAUGACGUGCAAGGAUUUGGUAAAGGAGGCCGCUCGUAUUAUUUAUCUCGUUCAUGACGAAUUGAAGGACAAGCAAUUCGAAUUGGAAAUGAGUUGGGUUGGCGCGCACACCAAGGGCAGGCACGAGCGUGUGCCGGCCGAACUGAAGGCCGAAGCCGAGACGAAGGCACGGCAGGCAAUGGCGGAGGAUUCCGACAGCGAUACCGAAGACAUGUAAAAUGAACAGGGCCGUUGAAAUUCUUUGUAUUGCAAGCGAUAUAAUUACUUGAAUAUAUGUACACUGAUUUAAAAUUUUGAAACACACCGAGUACAAUAAAUAAAGACUAUUCCCUUUUUGUGUACAAAAACGUUGCAGAACGUUUGGAUGUGUUCGUUCUCGCGCUUCAUUUAAUUCUCGCGUGCGUGCAGAAAAAUGGUUACAAGGUGAAAUCCCGUGCACUCAAAUUGUUUUUUUUUUUUUUAAGAACAUUUUUUACAUACUCGUAUUUUGUAUAAAAGCGCAUUACUAUGAUGCGAUGAUAGUAAAGUAUCUGAAACGACGCUUGGACAGCAACGGUGCGACACAUUGCCGUUGUCAUUGACGAGCUUAUCAUCCUUGGGAACAAUGUCAAACGCUUCGUGCUUACCGCACGUGGUGAUAGCUCGCCGGAACAGACGCUCUCCAUGAUUUUUGAUGACGCAUCGGUUCACAUUUCAAUUCCUGCGGUAGUCAAAAUUUACGAGUUAGUCGGUCUCGAAUUGCCAUCUCAUUCGCUUUAUUCGCAGAUGCACGGACUCGUGCGCGAUUCUCAUUUGUUUCUGAAAAAAUGACUCGGUGAAAAGAGAUGGUGGAAGCAACGACGAGAUCAUCGAUGCGCAAGUGGCACCAAUUUUGGCGAGCUGUCGUCGCGCAAACCCCACGCGCGAUAAUUGAGUCAACGUUUGACAAUUGUUCUUCCGAAUGAUGAAACUUGUCAAGAACAAUGUGACAUUAUUGUCGUUUAUUCGGAUAUUUAUCAAUCGUAUGACAGCUUAUCUUCAGACAAUGAAUAACUUUCUUUCAAAACAUAUAUAUAUAUAUAUAUAUGUAUAUGAUAUGCAGACACACAUACAGAA